CUAUUCUCACAUGCUGUCUCCAUGUCUAAUAGAUCUCUCUCCCUGGCUAGGCCCUGUGACUGCUGCAUUGAAGGUGGUUCCUGGGAGCUUGGAUCUCCUGUCACUUUUUCAAACAAGAAUUCAAAAAGUACAAUCUGUGACUCAUUUGGUGCCUGCAUAAGGAAGCAGCAAACCAGACUAGUAUGAACACAUGGAUGUGAUUUACUGGGAUCCUGUAGGCACAUCCAAGUGGGCUCUGCUCCUUUUUGUGUCAUCCUUCUGAACCUGAUGUGGGUCUCUGAGCAACCAUAGCUUUCAAUGUGCUCUGUAAUGUCUGAUUGGAUGUGGAUAAUGUGCUGUGAGAGAAUACAGUGGUAUCUAGGAUCUGGCCCUCCUUGGGGAAGGAAGUGUGGGAACCCAAUUGGUUGAGUUUGGGUAUCCUGGAUAGGUAAAGGAGAGGUUUUUAUCACAAACUGAGAGCACUUCUAGGGUGACCCACUCAGCAUGGUGCUUUGUUAGAACUCGGUACGUUCAUUUCCGCUGUCAAGAGGCUGUUCUUCCCUUGUGAUGCACCAGAAUUGGAGGAAUAUGUUUGCUGGAGCCCUAGACUCUAAAGAAUUGUCAUCUUUUGAAAGCAGCCUCGUCAGGGGAGCUAUGCUAGGAGCCCACGAGCAGCUCACUUGAAGGCAGGGUUUGCUUGGGUAGUAACUGCUCAAGUAUGAACUGGGACGGAACAACAUUCAGAAAUCUAAGCAAGGGGAUGGCUAUUGGAGAGAAGUUGGUAAAGCAGCACUGUUGGGGUUGUCCCUGUGCAGUGAGGUUUGCAAGGGGCCAUGUUUGUGCCCUCACAGAAGAGUGGGCAGCUACUGCUCCUUAGCUGGCCAGUGGCCCAGCCACUGCUUCCCCUCUGUGCCAUGCAAAUGGAGGCAGCUGCAUGUUGGUUCCUGUGCUCUGCACAGCUCGGUCACAUUGUGGAUGACUGGCACUAAGGAAGCAGCUGCAUGUCUUCCUCUUUACCCUGUUUCAUAGGCUGUGCCCACUCAGGUCUAAACAUUGAUGCUGUUUGCAGAGAUACCAAAGUCACCAGAGCAUCCUUCUGACUGCAUGGAGGAGCUGCAUAACUGCACAGGAGGGAGCUGCUUCCAAGCACAUCCCAGGCCUAUGGAGCCACAAGGGAUUGUCAAAGCCUUUCCCAAGAGGAAGAAGGUGAGGGAUGACUCAGGGAAAAGCAUCCCUCCAAAGAUCCCGAAAGAGGAAGGAACAGAGAUACCUGAGGCAGAGUGGCUGAAACCUGUCAUCGCCUAUGUGUUACAAGCUGGCAUUGGCCAGGCCAGGGCUGAGAUCUUCCACAAGCAGAUUGUCCUGAAUGGGGGAGCCGUACACAGCCAGUUCUCCUCGGAGGUGACACACGUCAUUGUGGCUGAGGACAUGGAUUGUGAUCGCGCCUUCCGGCUCCUCAGAUUGACCAAGCUGCCCCCGGGGCUGCAGCUGGUGAAGGCAUCCUGGCUUAGUGCUUGCCUUAGAGACCAGAAGCUGCUGAGUACUGCUGGCUAUGGUGUCUUUAUCCCUCACAGGUACCUAGAGAAGGAGGAAUCCCAGAAAGAACAGCAGCACAUUCUGGACAGAGAAAAGAUCCAGCCCCCAGCAGAGGAGGGAGCAGUGAAACCUAAUGCUGAAUCACAGCGGGAGGAUUCCUCACAGCGAGGCUUGGGCACCCUUGGACAGCAGCAACUAGCUGAGAAAUUCUCUGAUGAUGAAGACAGUGAAGGAGAAGAUGCUGGUGUCACCCAGGGAGACUUGGAAGCAUUGAUUUCUGGCCGCUACCCUGAGAAAUCAUCAGAAGAGAACAGUGACAGCUCUUACACAGUGGCCCAGCCUCCCAGCAAGUGGGUUUGUGCCCAGUCUUCCAACACCAAGAAGGAAAACCACAACCAAUCCAUCACAGAUAAGCUGGAAGUGCUGGCAAAGGCUUACUCUGUCCAGGGGGACAAGUGGAGAGCUCUGGGCUACUCCAAAGCAAUCAAUGCACUCAAGAGCUAUCACAAACCAGUUACCUCCUACCAGGAAGCCUGUAAAAUCCCUGGGAUUGGGAAGCGGAUGGCAGAGAAGAUCCUGGAGAUCUUGGAGAGCGGGCACCUGCGCAAGCUGGAUCACAUCAGUGAGAGUGUGCCUGUGCUGGAGUUAUUUUCCAACAUCUGGGGAGCAGGAGUCAAGACAGCUCAGAUGUGGUACCAGCAGGGUUUCCGGACGCUGGAUGACAUCCGCACCAAGGCCACUCUGACCAGCCAGCAGGCUGUGGGGCUGAAGCACUACACGGAUUUCCUGGAGCGCAUGCCUCGGGAGGAAGCUGCAGAAAUAGAGCAGACCGUCAGACAAGCUGCCCUGGCCCUGAAACCUGGCCUGGUGUGUGUUGCCUGUGGCUCCUACCGUCGGGGGAAGGCCACCUGUGGAGAUGUGGAUGUGCUGGUCACUCACCCUGAUGGGCAGUCUCACCGUGGGGUGUUCAGCAAGCUGCUCGACAGCCUCCGCAAGAGCGGCUUCCUCACAGAUGACCUGGUGAGUCAGGAGGACAAUGGUGAUCAGCAGAAGUACCUGGGCGUGUGCCGCCUGCCCGGGCCAGCGCAGCGUCACCGCCGGCUCGACAUCAUCGUGGUGCCGUACCGGGAGUUCGCCUGUGCCCUGCUCUACUUCACGGGCUCGGCUCACUUCAACCGCUCCAUGCGCGCCCUGGCCAAGACCAAGGGCAUGAGCCUGUCGGAGCACGCGCUCAGCUCGGCCGUGGUGCGAGGCCCUGGGGGUGCCAAGGUCUCAUCUGGCCAUAUUCUGCCCACUCCCACCGAGAGAGAUGUGUUCAUUCAGCUGGGGCUGCCUUACCGCGAGCCCUCUGAACGGGACUGGUGAUGCCUGGUGGUCACGCUGGGCUUGCUGCUGUGCUGCUGUUUUGAAGGAUCUGAUUUCCCCAGUGGUGGAGAGUUCUGUGGUGCCUGCAGGCUGAGGAACACAUCCCAGCAACUGGGGCUCCCUUGCAAGUGUGAGGCCCGGCUGCUGGGCAGAACUCUGUGGCUUCUUCAGCAUAGGCUGUGGGCUGGAGCCACACUGGAAGUGCUGUCUUGGUGUGGCUACCAAAAGGGCUCACUGCCCAUCAGCUACCCUGCCCUCUCCCCCCAACUCUGGAAAAUUGGGCUGCAGUCUUCUGAUCCAGCCCCUGGCAGUGCUUGGGAACAAGGGAAAUGGGAUGCAUCUCCCUCUGAGCACUGACGCUCCAAAAUUUCUGUUCUGAGCUGUGAAUGAAGGUAGCAGAGGUCUAGCUUGGUUCUGUGACAGGCCUUCCUCCUCACUACUGCUGGCAGCUGCUACUGCAGGAGUCUCAAGGGGUUAACCUAUGCUGCUGCUGUGUCCUGUCUCAGAGGAUGUGUCCUUUGAUGGGUCCCAUUGCACAGGGCCAGGCUGCUGUGAUUGCCACCAGCUUUCCCUGGUGCCAGCUAAGCCUUGAAAGAGAUGUAGGGACCUGAGGUGCUGUGCCUGCUUGCUCCCAGCCUUGUGUUCUGAGGAUCCUCCAGAUUUACUGAGAGCCCUGGUCUGGCCCAAGAGCUCUUUUCUUGUUGCACAGCUCUUCUUGAAGAGCUGGGCUCAGGAAGGAUUUGAAUGUAAUGGCACUGAAUGUAACCCAGCAGGGCUGUGUGUCUGUAGGAGGCCUAGAGACAGAGAGAAACACAAGGAGAUAGUUGGGUCAAAGCAAAGCUUUUUUCCUUUUUUUUUUUUUUUUGUAUGGAAGCCAUGGUCAUCUGGUUUUAGAUCAGGGAAAGUGUGUGUGUAUGUUUGUGUAUACAUGUGCAUGGAGCUGGUGCUACCAGUUCCAUAGGAGUGAAUUUUAUUUCUCAGGAAACCUCGACUAGUUUAUAUUGUGGAGAUGAAUUUCCCAGAGACGUUGAGUGCUCUGUUGCAGGUAUUGCAGUGGGUUGCUCCUGGCAGAUGUGCCAUGGUGGGCAUUUCUGUACCAAGACCCCAGGGCUCUUGCUCCCUUGUAGGGGAUCUAGCCCCAUCAUGUACAGUGACAAAGCUGCAUGUUUGCUGCUAGGGCAGGCACAAGCCAGGUGGGUUUGCACAGUUCCUGUGGCUGCUGGCCACCAGCAGGGCUGGGGUUUUGCUGGGGUGGCCCAGACCCCAGCAGUGGCAUUUGUCAGCCCAGACUUUCUGAUGGACACCUGAGGGAAAUUAAUGUCUUUUGGCAUGUUUUGGUGCUUUGAAAUUUGAAGUGUAAUAAAUAAAUCCCUUCUCUCUUU